CCUGUGCGCGCUCGGGCCCGUCCCGCCCAUUCCUUCGGCCUCCCCGGGUGGGGCGUUGCCAGUCGCGUUCCCGAUAGUGUCUGGGGGCCGGGGCAGGAGGCUGGCGGCACCAAUCGGAGCUGAGCUCUGCGCGGCGUCCCUUGCGUCAUCGCCGGCACGCCUGCCCUCGGCCUAUCGGGCGUGGCUGUUAGUGGGUCACCCAAUCACCGUGCCCGGAUGGGUCAAGGGGGCGUUUUCCUUGCUGCCAAUCAGCGCACCAGGGGGUGGAACUUGUGGGCGCGAGGCGGGGGUGGAUGCUGUGCGGCAGUGCGGGUGGGGAGGGAGGGAGGCUCUGCUCCGGCUGCCGCCGCUACCGCUGCACGGCUCUAUCGUGGGCUCCGUCCGCCGCAGACAUGAUCCACAGCCUGUUCCUGAUCAAUGCCUCGGGGGACAUUUUCCUGGAGAAGCACUGGAAGAGCGUUGUCAGCCGCUCCGUCUGCGACUACUUCUUCGAGGCGCAGGAGAGGGCCUCGGAGGCAGAGAACGUGCCGCCGGUGAUCCCCACGCCGCACCACUACCUCCUCAGUGUCUACCGCCACAAGAUCUUCUUCGUGGCCGUUAUCCAGAGCGAGGUGCCGCCUCUCUUCGUCAUCGAGUUCCUGCAUCGCGUCGUCGAUACCUUCCAGGAUUAUUUUGGUGUCUGUUCAGAGGUGAUGAUCAAGGACAAUGUUGUGGUAGUUUAUGAGGUGCUGGAGGAGAUGCUGGACAAUGGCUUUCCAUUGGCAACGGAGUCCAACAUUCUGAAGGAGCUGAUUAAACCUCCGACCAUCCUGCGCACAGUGGUCAACACCAUCACAGGAAGCACUAAUGUGGGUGACCAGCUUCCUACAGGACAGUUAUCAGUGGUGCCCUGGAGACGUACUGGUGUAAAAUACACCAACAAUGAAGCUUACUUUGAUGUGGUUGAGGAGAUAGAUGCAAUCAUUGACAAAUCAGGUUCCACAAUUACUGCUGAAAUCCAAGGGGUGAUUGAUGCCUGUGUCAAGCUAACUGGGAUGCCAGACCUUACCCUCUCCUUUAUGAACCCUCGGCUGCUGGACGAUGUCAGCUUCCACCCCUGUGUGCGCUUCAAGCGCUGGGAGUCGGAGAGAAUUCUGUCCUUCAUCCCACCUGAUGGGAACUUUCGCUUGCUCUCCUACCACGUCAGUGCUCAGAAUCUGGUGGCAAUUCCUGUCUAUGUCAAACACAACAUCAGCUUCCGUGACAGCAGCUCCCUGGGACGCUUUGAGAUCACAGUGGGGCCGAAGCAGACCAUGGGGAAGACCAUAGAGGGAGUGAUGGUAACUAGCCAGAUGCCCAAAGGUGUCUUAAACAUGACCCUCACCCCCUCUCAGGGAACACAUGUCUUCGACCCAGUUACAAAGUUGCUGUCGUGGGAUGUGGGGAAAAUAAACCCCCAGAAGCUGCCAAGCCUGAAGGGGAGUGUGAGCCUGCAAGCUGGGACUUCAAAACCAGAUGAGAACCCCACCAUUAACCUGCAGUUCAAAAUUCAGCAGCUGGCUAUAUCUGGACUGAAGGUGAACCGCUUGGACAUGUAUGGGGAGAAGUACAAACCCUUCAAGGGGAUAAAGUACAUGACUAAGGCUGGCAAGUUCCAAGUCCGAACCUAGAGCAUCCUGCUAGUGAGGAGCAGCACUGUUCUGUUUCUUCUGUCCCUGACUGCUGGAUGCAGCCUCUUAUCCCAUCCAUCUGUUUAGGGUUGCUCCCUUGCCUCUAGCAGCAUGAGCAGGAGAGCCAGUGUAUAGGGUGCUGGGGAGCAGGGAAAAGCAAUGCUGACCUGAAACCAUCUCAUCUCUAGCUGAGUCUGAAGUAUUUGGAACAAUGGCAGAUGGGAGAGGUGUUCAGAUCCCUUGGGAUUAGUGAGUCAUGGAUGCAAGCUUGUAUCAUCUUCAUUUUGCUGUCUUCAAGUACAUUCUAGGGGAUUUAUUGCCUUUUGAACCUCCUUUAUAUCCCUGCUGGCUUUUAUACCCUUGUAGAGUGAUACAAAGUUGAAUUCCCACAAACUUCAACUCCACUGUGACAGUCCAGGAUCUGCCCUUCUCCAUCACUGGGCAUUAAGGUGGAGAGCUGUAUAGUUCUUGGCAGCAGAGAGAUCAUGUAGCCUCUGCCUCAGGACUGGAAGAAGCGGGAAGGCAGGUUGUCAGAUGUUAAGGAGCCUGAGAUGGGGGAUGGUGCCACAGAGGGGGAAAGGGAAGAAGUGGAAGCUUUUUGUGGGUAUUUCAUAAGCCAUCUUGGUCAUCAGGUAUCUUGAAUCUCUGAAGACAGACUGGAAACCCACUCAAAUCUUCAUAAGGUAUCCUAGAAGGGCUGAUGGUAGCACGUGUGGUGUGGUACUGAUGGGUGGAGACAUCUGAAUGUACAUCUGCUUCUCUGUCAGUAUUUGGAGGCAGCUUCUUUAGAGGGUCAGGGAAAAGACAGGCAGGAGAAUUUUUGUGGAGACAGCACUCUGGACAACAAAGCUGUGGCUGAAGGAAGAUAGUAACUUGUGGGAACUUCUGUUUGUCUCUGCCCAUUGCACAUGAAGGUGAUGCCACUGUUCUCCUGCUCACUGCUGGCUGUCUUUGGCAUAGUUGUGUGCUGGUACCUUGGUAGUUUUUCUGGCUGUCCUACCUCACUGUAGUUCCUGUAUCAGUCAGCUGCUGUGCAGGUGGCUUCAAGCCUAUACUGGAUUUUCCCUGGGACCAUUUCUUGUGCAGGAGCUCUAGCUGCACCUGCCCAUUCCAGUCUGUGUUGCAUCUCUGUAUAGCAUCAAUAUGAAACUGGAAGCAUCUGCACUGUUCCACAUUGUCUGUGAUGUGUUCUCUGGCCACUAGAUGCCAAGGUGUGAUCUCUGUGCUAGCACAGCUUGUUCCUCUGCUGCUGUACAUGGGGCUACAGCUUCUGGCUGUGGAGUCCAGAUGCUUGUGAGCAGAACAAGGUGACCCUAAACAAAGGGUAGUAUCCAUUCUGGUUUGCAUGUGGUGGAUCCUUGCAGUGGAUGAGUGGUAUCUUGCUUGUGGAAUGGCAAGCUCCAGUGCAGCUGAAGCCAUAGCAGGCGACCUCGCUGCUGAGCAUGUUCAGUGCAAAUAAAACCUUCAGCAAAGGCAUCAAUAAAGGUCAUUUUUACAUGU